ACUGGAUAACCCCAUGUCGACCCCACAGACUCAGAAUGCUUGGUUGGCAACUGCGAAGGGCGAACCCUCCGAGGUCUUACAACUUGACGAGAGUGUGCCGGUGCCAAAGCUGAACUGUGGAGAGGUCCUGGUAAAGGUGCAAGCUACAGCUCUCAAUCCAAUUGGUUACAAGAUCAUGACACUAUUCCCGAACUUCCUGAUAAAGCGACCUUACAUUCCAGAGCACGACCUCGCGGGCAUCAUUGUAGAUGCCAAUGGCACCGAGUUCCAGAACGGGGACGAGGUCUUUGGUUUUAUACCACCUCAACCCAGUCUAAAAGCGCACUCCGGUACAUUAGCUCAGUAUACUCGUAUAUCAGCCUCUCACGUCGUCCGUCGCCCUAUAAACAUCACGCCUACUCAGGCGGCCGGCAUUCCUGUCGCUGCCUUGACAGCCUACCAAGCCCUGUUUAACGUCGCACACCUCAAACCCGAGCAACACGUCUUUAUCAAUGGCGGCAGCACAUCUGUGGGCGCUUUCGCGAUUCAGUUUGCAAAGGCUAUUGGUUGCAACGUCACUGUGAGUGCUUCCGGAAGGAAUGAAGCGUUCGUGCGCUCCCUAGGCGCUGACGGGUUUUUUGACUAUACAACUGGCCCUCUGCAUGCGAGGCUCGCCUCCAACCCUCCCUCUUCCAAGUAUCACGUCUUUUUCGAGACAGUAGGCCUACUCGACCUUUCCCUGUACACCCACAGUGAAUCCUAUCUGACACCGGGCGGUACCUUCGUAUCUGUUGGUGCGGUCGAGUCAAAGGCCUACGAGGUCUCAUAUAUUGGCAAGCUGCUCUGGACAGUAUUCCUGCAUCCUCGCUGGCUUGGUGGUACCAAGCGGACUUAUAAGAUGAUCAUGGUCGACAACAAGCGCAAGGAUCUCGAGAUUGUGGCUCAGCAUGUUCGAGAUGGCAAGAUCAAGCCUUUGGUGGAUUCGGUGUUUGCCUUCGAGAACGUUCUGAAGGCUUAUGAGCGGAUCAUGACCAGCCGCGCGACAGGUAAAGUGGUCGUAAGAGUGGAUCCUGAAGCAGAAUGA